UUCAAAUAUCAAAUUUUUAGGGUGAGGAGGGUGCCACAAAUGCCCCUCUGCAAACCCCAAAAAAGAUGCAGUCUUUUCUUUCAUUCAGCAACGAAAUGUGCGAAAAAAACUCAUCUUUUACCUCUUCCAUCAAAGGAAGGAGGGGGUGCUCUCGUAUUCUUGAAUUAUAUGGGCCUCUUUCGUGUUUUUGUCACGUUUAGACCCACGGUGAGAGAAAAUCAGGGAAGGAACCUCUCCUCUUUCUCUCUCUAUCUAUUCCACCUUUAAAUCUCCAUUAUCUCCGCUUCUCUCUUUCUCUCUCCUUAUAGCUUCUCUGCUAGGCGGUUCAAUUCUCAUCCGGUGUUUGCCUUCUUCGUUUCUUCUACCUUUUGCUCCUUCCGAGCCUCUUCUUGAUCCUUCUAUUUUUCGUUUUGGGGAAGAUGUUGAAAAAGAAGACUAGGGUUUCCUUCGAUCCAUCGCCCUCUACUUCUUUCCUGUCUGGAGAGGAAAUCAGGGCGAGGUUUAAGCAUCGGUGUUUGUUGCAGGAUUAUCACGAGUUGCUGAAGGAAACUGAAGGAAAAAGGGAUAGAUUAAACAAGGCAUUGCAGAAGAAACUCAAACUGCUGGCUGAAGUGAAAUUCUUAACCAGAAAAUACCAGUCUUUCACAAACAUCCCUAGGGUUUUAGUGAAACCCUGCAGAGCAGGGAAACAAACUUGCAAAGAAGUUACUCACCCUUCUUAUCCAGUUAUUGAAACCAGACCAAACUUAAAAGAAAGGAAUCUGAAAUCAAAACAAGUUUCAGCUCAAAAUUCCUCAAAAUUAGCAGAUUUUAAUCCUUUCAAAGUGCCUUUGAAAGAAAGGAAUCACAACACAAAAGAAGCUUCUGUUCGAAAUGUUCCAAAAUUGAUAGAUUUGAACCAGAAGGGUGAAGAAAUGGAGGCUGAGGUGAAACGGGAGCCUCUGAAGAUAGAGAAGUUGAAGAGAAGCUUGGUUGCAGGAGAUGAAAUGGCUGAUGAUAUUAAGUUCGCAGUAUGUAGAGAUAUGGGUGGCAGUAAUUCUGGAUGGGGAACUGCCAAAUUUCAUGGCAAGAUCAGCUCACUUUGAAGGUUUGAGAACUAAUGCUGAGUUGCUCCAUUUUCAUAAAUCAUCUGUGUUACUGAUAUAUGUAAAAGUUGAUAGAAGUUGUAGAUAUUAAUGGUAGCUUGUGCUCGGAAGCUGCUCUUUAUUUAGCUGUUAAAAAUCUGUUGAUAUUAUGGUUAAGAAAUGCUUAUUUCAUUCAAUUUUGUUGCCA